AUGAACAGGCGCUUCCUCGGCCUCCUCUUGAUUUUGCCCCUCCUCGCCCAAGCUCAGGACGAUGAUUCUCCCUCCUCAAGCCCCUCGGCCACACAACGCCCCACCGCCGAUUCUCCUCGCUCAACAGUCAUCACAACCACCGUCCUUUCUGAAUUCGUAACAACUCGCAACGGCGAGGCUAGCACCGGCACCCGCACCAGUGUCCUCACCACAACCGUCCCAGUCGGUGGUGACGACGGCGAUGACGCCGGCGACAACAGUAGCCGCAGACCAUCAUCAACCAGAAGCACUCCCCUUCCAACAGCUCCUGAAGACGUCCCCCGUGGUGGAGGAACAAAUGGCGCCCCAGUCCCAGGAGCAACUGGGGUCGGUGGGGCCUAUGGUCCAGACGAUGAUUUCAUUGCCGGCGCACUUUCGCUCAAAACUUCAGCGUUCGCUGUCUCUGUCGCCGGCGCAGCUGUUGGUGCAGGCAUGGUUCUGUUGUAA